AUGGUUGGCGUCGCUGGAAAGUCGCAGGCUUGUAACACCUGCCGGAAGAGGAGAGUAAAGUGUGACCUCGGGCGGCCAUUUUGCCAAAAGUGCAUCGCAUCAAAUCGAGCAUGUACUGGCUAUGGCCGGGAUCUCAUUUUUGUCAAUAGGACCCCCUCAAGCCUGUCGUCUACCGCGAACUCGGUGCUGUUAGAGCUCAAGACUCAGAGGCAACUGAAAGACGCUUUGGUGAACCCAAAAAUCGAGGCUGACCUGCGCCGUUUGUAUUCUGAAGCUUCGCACAAUUUUGCCGGGUUUCGAAAGUACGCUGUCGGGAUAUUGCGAACCACAUAUUUCCCAAAGCCAUACAGAGCUCUAGAUGUAGACAUCAGUGAAGGAAGCUUUUCAUGGGUGUACAGCUUGCUAGACCUAGUCGAGCCGAGUCAAUCGUUGGACACUUCUCUCUUCGCAUUUUGUCUGGUGCAGUUGCAUGUUACUGGCACAGGCGAUGUAUCACUUUACCAAUGCCUUGAGCAACACAGCACCGCUUUAAAACAUCUAUACUCAGAUCUGGAUGAUCCACUGGUAUGCUCUCGCGAAGAAACGUUGGCUGCCAUCAUAGUACUAUCGACGUGUGAGCUUUUUGUACGACUAGGGGGAAAUGGCUUCAGUGUCCAUGCACGCGGCAUCGCAGAAAUCCUACGAUUACGUGGUCCAAGAAUGGCGAGUACUGCGACAUGGAGACGCUUGUUUUCACGCCUGACGAUUGUUUGCACACUUGAAGCUUUGACGAAGCGCCAAGCUCAAUGCAUCGAGAACGACGUCUGGCGACAAAUCGUUCCAGCGUCCAGCGAUGCUCUUGACAACCUGUACCAGAUGGCUUCAGACGUGCCCGCAAAUCUAGAAAGGGCAACAUCCCUCUCGUCAAUCGUCGACAGGAAUGCCUUUUUAAAAGAGUCCACAGCAGUCGUACAGUCAAUGUUCACUAUGCUAAAAUCUUUCCAGGUGUGGCACGAUGACUUUUGGAAAGCCUCGCCAACGCCUCGGGCUUGGCCGGUCCCAAGUCGUGCAGUGAAUCCCGCUGAUGUCGAACCUUCAAACAAAAUCUUCCCGUUUUGCUUCGAGUUUGAAUCCCUAAAUGUCUCCGUCGUGGUUGCAAUGUGCUGGGCGAUGACUGUGCACCUUCAAAGCAAUAUCAUACAAAUAUGUGAGCUUGUUCAAGUAAAGUUGGGUCAUCCCAUCGAGCUUGAAGAUCUUUUAGUUGGAACUGGCAUCACUCUGGUAGAUGAGGCGAAUCAGUAUUCGGACCAGAAAACCUCACCCUCCAGUACAUACAAGGGAAGUUUAUUGUAUCAAAUAAAAGGUGAAGGAACAAAACUGGCCCGCUAUCUAUGCCAGUCCAUGGAAUAUCAUCAUCGGGUAGACAUGGGAACGUACGGUGGACACGCCGUUACUUAUUCAUCUUGGAGCGCUCGGCAGUAUUUUCGGUUGCAUCCGGGGCACGAACGAGAAUUGUCAUGGGUGCAAAACAUGCACAAGAUGGAAGGUCCUGGUACACGGUGGGGAGUAACGAUGAUGGGUAUAGUCUCUGGGAAAGCGACAGAUAGCUAUGCGAUUGCUGCGGCGGGGACUUGGUUCAAAAAACAUAGAGCGCUCGCAUUUGGUAUCAUGGUCUCCGGAUCCAGCCUGGGUGGUGUUAUACUUCCGAUUAUGGUCCAGCAUUUGAUUGUCGACGUCGGAUUUCCAUGGGCAAUACGAAUCACUGCAUUCCUUCUUCUCGGUCUUUUGAUCUUUGCCAACGUGGCCGUCACGUCUCGCCUGCCUCCUGUUCAAAAGCCGUUCUCUCUACAGGAAUAUUUCCUCCCAUUCACCGAGGUUCCAUUCCUACUACUAGCUAUUGGUUCACUGCUCCUCUACUUCGGCGCAUUCCUACCUUUCAAUUUCAUCAUUGUCCAGGCCAAAGAAGCAGGCUUGUCUACAGACAUUGCAAACUACCUCGUUCCAAUGGUUAAUGCAGCAAGCGUUUUUGGCAGAAUUCUCCCUGCCCACCUUGGAGAUGUAUACGGCGUUUUCAACAUCUGCAUUGUGUUUACAUUAUUCUCGGGUAUCAUAAGCCUUGCUCUGUGGCUUCCAGCGGCUAGUACUGCUCCCAUUAUUGUCUUUGCGGUGCUAUAUGGGUUCGCGUCAGGUUUGACGCUUGCAAUAAUCCCUGCCUUGGUGGCCUCCAUAUCCGAUGUUCAAAAGCUAGGUUUCCGCGUCGGCGCACUGUAUGCCUUUUCUGCAUUCGGCACUCUGUUCGGCAGCCCGAUUGCUGGAGCAAUUGUGACUUCACAGAAUGGCGGCUAUUCCGGUCUCAAAAUAUUUUGUGGCAUUAUGUUACUGGCGGCGUAUUUAUGGUUCUAUCGAGAGUGA